AUGUUCAGUCAGGGCCCUGUAUCGGGGCUAUGUACAACCUCGUUCAGGUCAAGAAUAUACCUGAACGAGGUUGUACAUAUCCCCGAUAUUGUCUUCAACCUCCUUCAGGGCAUCCGUAAUCUCCCGCUUCGCUCAGCUCUUUACGGUCCAUCACGUGGGAGACGACGUCCUGGUCGCUAUCAGGUGCCGUCAAGUUCAGGUCGACGCUGGAGCAUAUCUCCAACUCCAUGUCCUGACCUUCUAUCCGCUUCUGACCUUUCAACGCUUCUUCCUGCACUUUUCCCUCCUACGCUCUUCCCUCUCUUUUCAACUCCUAUUUCUAAGGCAUCGAGUAUCUUAGGGUUCUCCUUCCUUCUCUGUUCUUUCAGUACCAGCAGCGGGAGAUCUGAGCUGCUGGACCUAAUCUCUUCUCCGUCUUUUUCCUCCUCACGCAGAACGUCUCGCCCCCUGGCAAGGAUCUUUGCAUCAGGAGACACCGUAUGGUCUCCCGUUAGGUCCACCUUCUCGAUUGGACUCUUGAUGCCGGUCGAUGAAGCUCUCGGACGCGGCGCAUCCACACCUUCGCUUUCCUUUCUCCUCUCGUUCUUUGAGCUGUUAUCUGUCGGAUGCGCUUGCUCCACCACUGGUCACAGCGAGAGAUUCUCGUUAGGCCGUCGGGUACCCUCCGGAGGUAUAUUAGUUUUUGUGGCCGAACUUUUCAUUUUGGUUACCUCUUACGGGCGAGGCGCCCCAGUCUCCUCCUCUUCUCCUAUCCCCCUCUGUGGUUUUUUAGUGAGGUUGUCUCCUCUCGUCCCCCGCCCGCAGGCAGCGGCCGUCAGUCCCGCAGCUCGUACGGGAUACCGAGCGUGGCCGGAGGUGAAACGCAAGUUCUCAUCGUUCUUCAAAUCACUGGUGAUCGAACUGGACAAGGAGCUGUACGGGCCCGACAACCAUCUGGUGGAGUGGCAUCGCACCCUCACCACGCAGGAGACGGACGGAUUUCAGGUGAAGCGGCCCGGCUACAAGAACGUGCGCUGCACGAUCCUGCUGCUGCUGGACUACCAGCCGAUGCAGUACAAGCUGGACCAGCGGCUGGCGCGGCUGCUGGGCGUGCACACGCAGACGCGGCCCGUCAUCGUCAACGCGCUGUGGCAGUACGUCAAGACGCACCGCCUGCAGGAGCCGCACGAGCGCGAGUUCGUGGCCUGCGACAAGUACCUGGAGCAGAUCUUCGGCUGCGCGCGCCUCAAGCUGGCCGAGGUGCCCGCGCGGUUGGCGGCCCUACUGCACGCGCCCGACCCCAUCGUCAUCAACCACGUCAUCGCCGUCGAGCCGCCGCACGACGCCAAGCAGACCGCCUGCUACGACAUCGACGUCGAGGUCGACGACACGCUCAAGGCGCAGAUGAACUCCUUCCUGCUCUCCACCGCCAACCAGCAGGAGAUCCAGGGGCUCGACGCCAAGAUCCACGAGACCGUCGACACGAUCAACCAGCUCAAGACCAACCGCGAGUUCUUCCUCAGCUUCAGCAAGGACCCGCAGCGGUUCGUCCAGAAGUGGCUCGUGAGCCAGGCGCGCGACCUGAAGACGAUGACCGGAGCGGGCAGUAGUGGCGAGGAGGAGCGCGGCGCGGCGCUGUACGCGCAGGCGUGGGCGGGCGAGGGCGUGCAGCGCUACCUGCACCAGCGCGUGGCCGCGCGCCGCCGCGACCUCGACCUCCACCUCGCCCGCCUCUAGGCGUAUUCAAUAAACGAUACACCAAUAAACGAUGCGAUCAU